CCAUGGAGACGCACGAUAUACAGGGACUGUGGACAUUAUGGUUUGGGAGGUGGUGACCCCCAAACAUCAGUGUAAGCUGGACUCAGAGCCUCAGGGUGAACACACAGAAGAGAUGAUGGAGGCAGAUGGAGAUCAGUCCCAUGACCUGAUCUGCUUUGAGGAACACCUCCCCGCCUCACCUGGAUUCCCCACUAGUGACAGUCACAUGGAAUACGAUGACCUCCCAGACCUGCAGGAGGUCCAGGAGGAGGUGGAGCAAACAGCAACAUCUGUGUACCAGGUGGAUGUCGGUGUCUCUCACCUGGAACAAAACACACACGCCCAGCCCCCUGACACACACUGGCUGACACAGCUUGCUCACAUUGCCACCGGGCCGCAGAGCCCACUGCUACAAGACUCACUUCACAGCAGCCCCUCACCUGUUCGCCUGCCCAGCACCAGCAGUAAUCUACAUUCCUACGCUCGGCCCCCUCCCUCUCCUCCCAGCAGCGUGUCACCCCCCAGAGCUCAAGGCAGGGAGCGCCGGCGCAGCAGGAAGAGCAGUGAAUGUGGUUCUGUGGUGUCAACCAAAUCCUCCCUGUCUGAAGAUGAAGACAUGGGCUGGAGCUUCUCCUGGCCUCCCACAGCCUGGCACUGCUUCCUCAAAGGCACUCAUCUGCGUUUUCACAGCGGCUCUAAUGUGGAGUGGCAGGACAUCAAAGACCUGGAUUCUGUGGAGGAAGAUGACUCUGGUGAUGAGGAGCAAUCCAGAUCUCUGAAGAGUUAUGGCUCUGAGGGCCUUCAGCUGGUGAAGCAUUCAGAGAUAGUCAUAUCAGGUCAGGCCGUGCUGCAGCUGACCUUUGACCCUGGAGCAUUUGGACAUGCCCCCUUGACUGCCCGCUGCCAACUUGAACACCCUUUUUACGUCAAAAACAAAGGGUGGUCGUCAUUUCACCCAAGCUUGACCGUUGUGCGUCAUGGGAUACCGUGCUAUGAAAUGGAGGUGGGAGGUGUGUGCCUUCCACCAGGGCACAGAGAAGCCAAACACACUGACGACUCACUGGUCUUUGACACUUUCAGGAGCUAUGAUUUCACUCCUCUGGACUCCUCUGCAGUUUAUGUGUUAAGCAGUAUGGCCAGGCGGAGGCGGACCUCCCGGUCAAGCAGGGGAGCUGUUUCUCCAGACAGACACACAUCACAAGACUCACCCCGUCCUGGUCCCUCCAACUCUCCUUGUCAAGAGCCAACCAAAGGCCAGCGUACCAGCACGGCUGGAAGUGCCACGCCCACAAAGUGCAAGCGGCCAAUGAAUGCUUUCAUGCUCUUUGCCAAGAAGUUCAGGGUGGAGUACACACAGAUGUAUCCAGGAAAAGACAACAGAGCAAUCAGUGUCCUUCUUGGUGAGCGGUGGAAGAAAAUGCGAUGUGAGGAGCGGAAAGUGUUCACCUUACAGGCCAAAGCCCUCGCAGACGAGCAGAAGAGACUCAACCCAGACUGCUGGAAACGCAAACGAACCACUUCUGGCUGUCAGGGAAAUUAAGUUUGCAGACAAGAAGAAAGCCAGUAGGAGCGCAUACACACAAACACAAACACAAACACAAACAUGACACAUGAGCAGUGAUAAGACAAAGGUGCAUUUUAUAACUUUUAUAAUUCUGUGAACAUCAGAAGUGCCUUGAUCUGCAAAAAGCCUCAGCAGAAGAGUUUCCUCUCUGAAGACAUUUUGAGCUGCUUCUUGAAACUGUCACCUUUCUUCCUUUAGCUUCCCAAAGGUGCUCAAAGUUACAUUUGAAAGAGGUAUAAAUCUUUAUUUUUUCUGAUAGAAAUAGAAAGUGUAUCUUUAUAUCUCUUCAGACCACACGUGUGUCUCCCUUCAGAAAAGAAAUUCUUAACCAAACUGCAUCUGAUCCAUGACAGGAGAGAACCUCCUCGAGCGAUUGAACACGAUGCAACUUUAAAAGAGAUCUGAUGCUUUUCAGUUUCUCACCUUAUGCUUGAAUCAGGUGGAAGUUGUGGUGCUGUAGCUUUUUAGUCAAAGUAGAUGAUGUAGCUAUUUUCCCAAAAUGUUAUAUUAUAUAGAGAUAUAUAUAAAACACAUAUAAAUAUAUUUUGCCUGUUUUACUUGCAUUUGCACAGUGUAUUACACAAGACUAGAAUAUUUAACUUUGCUUUCAUGUAAUUCAUUAUGCAAUACCAUGUUUCCAUAUUUAGUUUUCUAACAAAUGUAUAUUUUUAAUGCUACGAUAACAUCCUUAUGGUUUAACUACUUCCAAUAAAAGAGAGAGGAUUGUAAAAUGUUUUAGAAGUUUAGCAGACAGAGACAAACCACUCAUACUUGCUGCAGAAUAUUUCACGACAGUCGCUGUAUUGCAGAUUUAAGUUGUAGUAUUUUCCCCCAUGCUAAUUGUAUCGUUUAUUAGAGGAUUUACGGUAAUCAAUAUUAUUGUCCUAAAGGAUUUAGAGUCACACGGUACGGUAUGUCACAGAAACCAUCAGCUGUGAGAGACUGCAGAGAUAAAUAACACUGUGAAAACAAGAUAACAUUUAUAUUACUGCUUUGAUUUGAACAUUUUAGUGUGCCAUAAGUUUCUAGCUGUGUUUUAUUAAAGAUGUGUGUAUAUUCAAAGAAACAAAAAUACAAGUGGGGUUUACAGAGGGCUUAUGUUCACACAGGGACAAAUGGCUCUAACAAAGAGAGGUGGUGAUAAUUAGAAAAUCUGAAAAUGUCAUGUCCCCUCAAAGUUUGGACCCUUGCUCAAAGUUUUACUGCUGUAAUUCCUUCAGUAACUCGAGCUGAUUAUUUGUGUUUGAAAAGACUUUGCAAGCUCCUUUUAUCCUUCACAAUUUGUUACCAUGCCCAGGAGAGCUCAUGUAGUAAACUGCCCAUGUCUGUCUGUAGAGUGUUAUUGUUUUUAUUCUAUUUCCAGGUUCUUGUUGAAACAGGACAUUGUUAUUGACAGAAAUGUGGAUCCAUGAUGUAACAAGCUUUAGAAACAUCAUGUAAAAUGCUUCAUAUAAUAGAGUCAGAGCCAUGCUGAGUGUGAAGACAGGAUGUCGAUCCUCUUCAGGGUUUAAGUGCCUUAAAAAAAGUAUCAAGAUGAACCAACAUUAAAUUAAAACCCUCCCAGACCGGGCACUUGUUCUCAUUACAUAAAGAUAUUUAUUCUUAAUGCACUAUAUACACUUUAUCUUACCUGACUGCUACAGUAAAAUGUGUAAAGGCAAUUAUUGAUAAGAUUAUUUAGAAAUAUAUUUUUGGUUUUAAUUUGUGUUAACCUUGUAUGGUUGUGCUUGAUUAUUUAACUUUGUUUGUCUUUACUUAAAUGUCAUGUACAGGUCUAUCAGGGGAGACAAUGCAAUAUAAUGUGUCAGUGUAAAUAAAGGCAUGAUAAAAUCUUUCA